AUGGGACAAGAAAAUACGAAAUCAAUUGGCAGUAAUACUACUAGCCAUGAUAGUGGUCACUGCCUCUUUAAUGAUAAUAAUAAUAACAUGAAAAAUAAUGAAACACAUCUAUCAUCUAAUUGUGGUACCGAUACCUUGCAAGAAGAUGAUGAUAUCAUGGAUACAAGCAACAACAACCAUUCAACAGAUAUUGAUAAUAUUAACAAUAACUAUAUAGGAAAUAUAAUUACUAGUUAUUAUAAUCCAUCCAAUCCCAUUCAAGAUGAUGUUUCAAAUGCAUCCAAUCGAAUCCAUGACAUUUCCAAUGUAUCCAAUCAAAUAACAUCUCUGGAAUGCCCUGGCCUAAAUUUAAAGAGAUCUGAUUUGAUGAUCUCGCUAAGAAGAAGGUCGCAAUCAUCACCUCUGCCCAUUCUUCCUGUUAUAGAUGAGGACAAAGUGUUAACUAAUUCUACUACUGCUUUAGAUAUUGAAAAAUAUAUUAUAAAAAUCUCAACUAAUAAUUUAGAGAAUACUAACAUUUGUCAUCAGAUUCCAAAGCCAUCAGAAGAUAGCAUGGAAACGUUGGAAAUGAUGCCACAAGUUAGAAAAAAGUUGAUAAACCCUUCAAAAUGUAUUGGAUCCAACAGUGAUUCAAGUAGUAAGAAUUAUGUGAGCAUAUCAAAUGUUGAUGAGAUGGGAGAGAAUAUCGCAGAAUAUGUUGAAGUUACAGAAGUCAACUUUACAUCAACCAUCUCCAAGUUAGCUGAUGACAACAACAACACUUACGUCAUCAACAACGCUGACAAAAAUGUUGAUGACAUUGAUAACACCGACAUCAACAAGACUGACAACAAUGCUGAUGUCACUAGCACUAAUGACAUCAAUAGCGUCAUUAAUGUUGACAAUGCAAACAAUGAUUUCAAUUACAAUAUCAUUGUUGAUAACAUUAAUGCAAGUGUCAGCAACAUGACCAUUGAUGAAAAUGUCAAAAAGUUUGAUGCUUACAACAACAACAUCGGCCCAAGUACUGAUUUUAAAGAGAGCACCAUGUCACCGUCAUCAUCGUCUGAAUUUUCGCAAAGCAAUAACAAGUUCACUAAUGACCAUGAUAACAACCGAAACAAUAGAAUGAUUGGAGAUAGAGUUCAAAAUUUAGCAUUGCAUGAAGGAAUUGAGGUAUCUGCAUUAACAACAACAUUACUUCAAAGGUCAAAUGAACAGCAACAACAACAAUGCAUCAACUACAAACUACGAACUGAUGAAUUUAUGAAAAUGAUUGAUGAUAUCAUUGGCAGUUGUGACAAUGUGAAUGACAACAUCAGCGACAAUGAAAAUACUUCAAAGGACGAGGCUCUUCAUAGCGAUGUUGAUGUAUGCACAAAACUUUUUGAAAGAUUAUCUGUUUGCAAUUCUGAUUUCAAUAAUUCCAAUGUUAAUGACGUUAACAAUUCAACUGGUCCAAAUAAGGUUGACACUAACAAUUCCAUUGAUGCAAAUAAAAUUGACGUUGAUAAUUUAAUUGAUGCAAAUAAGAUUGUGGUUGGUAAUUUAGUAGAUUCAGAAAAGAAUGAUGUUGAUAGUUUUUUUGAUUCAGUUAAACAUGAGGAUGGUGUUAUAAACAUUGAGCCACCAAUAUCAAAAAAUUAUAUUGAUGAUAAUUCUAAAAAUUGUUUCAAAGAAUAUAAUGUUAAAGAUGUUGAUGCUGAUUCACCAAAUGAUUCCUAUAAUGAGUGUUUCAUUAUCAACAAAUCCAAUCAGCCAGCUGCCGCAGAACAUCAAAUUGAAACUACAAACUGCAAUAUUGACAACAAAAUAAAGGACAUCACCAAUGAUAACAAUAAUAAUGACAAUAGCCACAAUAACAAUGCUAGUAGCAACAUCGAAAAUGACAACAACGAUGCUAGCAGCAAUGACGACUGCAACAAUUUCGUUACAAAUUCACUCCCAACUGUUAAGAAAUCAUUUACUAAAGAUUUUGAAGGGCUUGACAUGAACUCUGACCCGAGCAGAUUGGGUUUUGAUGUUGUGUCAAAAACAGACAAUGAUGAUGGUGACAUUCAUAUUGCUGAUGUUCUCUCGUCAGAUAUGAAUGUUGGUUGCAUGGAAGUUGAAGAACGUGGUGGCGAAGAGAAGGUGAAAAAGUUAGGUGGGCUGAUUAACAGAACAUUUGGGGAGAUGGAUGAUAACAAUGAUGGCCUUGGGGCUCUCAGUUCAAGUGAGAUAAGAUCAGAUGAUGUUGUAAAAUUUAAUGAAAUGAGAAUGGAUGAUGAUUCAAAGAUAGUAGAAGUUAUUCAUACUACUGUUUAUGAAAGAAAGGAUGAGAUUUAUGACAGUGCAGGUGCUGUAGGGAGCGUUGAUAAUACUGGAGAUAGUAAGUGUAAUGUUGAAGACAUCAGGGAAAAUAUUUUUGUUUCAAACUCACCUCCAAUCACAAAGAAAAUUGUUGCAAUUGAUUUUGAUAAGUUGGAUAUUGAUUCAGACCCAACUAAACUAACCAGCAUGUUGACUGAUGGAGUCUUAUCUCAAUAUGGUACUAAUCAAACAGAGGAUGUGGACAAAAUGAAAAAGCAUUGUGGUUUUGUGAGCAAUUCAGAUGGUGUCAGCAUGAACAAUUUUGAGAUAGUUAACAAUGAAAAGAAGAAUCAUAUUUCUCCAGAUGAUACAAAAAAGUUGUUCAAUACCACUUUAAAACAACUCAGCUGUGAAAACAAGUGCCACAAAAAUAAUAAUUUUAAGGAUGAUGAUGAAGUACCAAUAAGUCCUGCUGCUGUGGUGAAUAAACCCACUGGAAUGAAUAUGUCCAGCAAUUUUAAUACACGUGUAUUAAAGUUAUCUACUGAACAAUUAGAGACAGCUGCUGAUCAGAAAGAAGCCUUUGCUGAAUCACGGCCAUCAUCACUCAGAUCAUCAUCUCCGGCACUGAUGCCCCCUACCCAUCCAAUCAUAAAUUGGGAUCAUAUUGAUGAACAUUCAGAUCCCGCACUCUUUUGCAAGUCAUCAUCGUCAUCUUUUAUCAUUAAUACUAAUAAUAGUGGUGAUAAUUAUAAAAACAAAAAUGAUGAUGAUUAUGAUGAUAAGGGUACCACUAAGGAUAAUUUUAAAACAUUAUCACCCACAAAAGUCACUGAGAAAAGGACGACUAUGAAGAAAAAGUCAGUUGGGCCACCAAGACAUGCGAAAGAUGGAGAGAAGAAGUGUGCUGCUGAAUGUAGUGCCGGAACAACUGAUGAUAAGUUGGAAAGUAAGAAACCUCCAGUAAAAAGAUUUCAGAGACCUGUGAAUUUAACAAAAUUGACAGGCAGUGCUGUCGGCAAGAAUAAUUGCAAUGAUGAUGAAGAUGUUUUAAUCCUUUUGCCUCCAAGCAAAAACUCUUUAAUAACAUCAUCAACAACAACAACACCAUCGACGAUGACAUCAUCAGCAAUGGCAAGAACUUCUUCCUCUUCUCCAUCAUCCCAUCUCAAGAAUGUUGAUUCUAUAAACAUUGGUGAAGUGAACGUAGACAAUCAGUUGGAUAGAGUUCAACAAUCGGACUCAAAUUCACUGAAUCAUUUUGCCUCAUCAUCAUUUUUAGAUACAUCCCUAUCAUUUGACACUAUCAAAGGUUCGGAUGGGAACCUUUCAAUAUCAAGCAUCGAGCCAUCUUCGUUAAAUCCAGUUCUGUGCAGUAGCAUACUCGAAUCCGACCUACAAAUUAAUUGUGUCAAACUGAGUGAUGACUCCAUUCCUAAUGACACCAUUAACAGCUGUAAUGACGUCAUCAACGAUAAUAGCAACAAUAGUGGUAACAUUAGCAACAAUGUUAGCAACAUUAAUAAACUUGAUAUUUCAAGAAGCAGCAACCGAAAAAUGAAUGUGAUGAAUUUCAGUGUUGAGGAGAUGAAAAAUUUUCUAAAAUUACCAGGACCUGCCAUCACUACUUUUGCUGCUACUACAGCAGCUACUGCUGAUGGUGCCACUGAUACUAAUGUUGAUAUUUUUGAUCGAACUCUUUGUGAAAAUGAUGCAAGCAUGCAGCAAACAGGUGUGGUGGAGUUGGGUAGUGUUCUUAUUAAUGAACAUGAGGGCAAACCCACUUUUAAAAGUGCUUCUGAAGUUUUUGGUGAUCCUACUCAGUGGGACGUCCUGGAAAAAUAUACUUCAAAAAUGAAUACACAACAGAUUUUAGAUUUCUAUGUCAUAAUUAAGAAUCGCUGGUAUUGA